AUGGAGAUUACGCCAACCCCUAUAAGGGUGGCUUACCACUGCUACGACGCUCUCCCGCUUUUCCCCACGGAGCAGGAGCAAUUUCCCUCCAAUGCUCAUGACAUUCGGGGAUUAAUUCAUUCCACAUAUCUCUCUUUCAAAGAUGCAGAGACGCUACCGGAAGAAGAGGCAGCCCAAGUCUCGCCAGAUGGAACCUCCACUUCAUCUCCCCCAAAGCCGGCACAGGCAGGCUCCGUCCCAAGCCGCCGAUUUAACCCGGACGAGCUAUACCCAAAACACUUCACUUUGAGCGACAUCGAGGUUCCAGCACACAACAUGGUCUUUCUCGCUUGCCCAGGCUCGGAAAGAAAAUGCCCCCACUGCAAACGCCACACGCGUCACCUGGGCUGUAUCGUGAUUGCCAUAGAUGGAGCGUGCCGCAAUAAUGGCAGAUACGGAGCCCGGGCGUCAACUGGGGUCUACCACGGCCACGACCAUCCCUUAAACGGAAGUGCCAGUCUUCCCCCCAAUCUCAAGCAAACAAGCCAGGUCGCCGAACUCGCGGCCUGCGAGAGGGCUCUGCUUGGAGAUGGAGAAGAAAGGCUUCACACCGUGGUGAUCAAGUCAGACUCGGAGUAUGUGGUGCGCGGAAUGACCGAAUGGAUCUUCAAAUGGAAAGCCAAUGAUUGGACUACCGCGAAGGGCUUGCCCGUCGCCAAUCAAGAGCACUUUAAGAAGAUUGAUUCUCUUGUCGAAUCUCUUGAAAAUGAGCAGGUCCCUGUCCAGUUCUGGCAGGUUCCGAGAGAAUUUAACCAGGAGGCGGAUAGGCUGGCAGCGUCUGCUCUGGAUGAUGAUUGA